CCCCAUACCCCGUUAGCACCUGCUAACCCCAAAAACGCUACACAUGUAUUUAUAAACACUACACACGUAUUAUUAAAAACCACUACUACCAAUAUAUUCCAUCUCAAUAUUGACGAAACUACAUAGUCCCAAGACAACUAUGACCAGAAACACUACCAUGACUGCACAUCAAACUACUACAUACCCUACAUAUUAACAACACAAGCGAUCAAUAAAAAAAAGACUACCAAAAACUUCCAUGUAAAAACACUACCACGACUAUUAGGACGGUGCUAACCCCCUAUAGGAUUAGCACCGUAGCUUGUCCCGACUUCACUCCAAUUACUUAGAAUUUUACGUUUAUUAUCUCAUAUUUUAGCUAUAAUAAAGUUGUAAAUAAGUGAGAACCUUAGUGCAUCGAAUAAUUUAAAUAUACUUAUCAUACUAUAGAUUGUUUCUUAAUUUUCUUAAUGAAAAAUCAAUGUUUCUAAUGUUUUUCUAUAAUUAAAUUAUACACUCAUAUGGAUCGAUUUGUCCCGACUCGGGCCCUAUGAUAAAUUACUCGACCUACCACGAGGCGGGUAUGGGUAUCGAGAUACCCUCCCUGACCUGCCUCAUUGCCAUUCGUAGUUUUAGGUUACGAAUGAAACCAAAAAAUCGAUAAGCCAUUAAUGCAAUAAAAGGUUCAGUUUUGGUUUCCAGCUUACUCUGUCAAAUAAUGAUAAAUUUUUAAUGGUUUCGGUUUCGGUUUGGUCAGUUGACUAUUAGAGUUUCAAUUUGUAAUGGUUUCUCGGGCGGUUAACCAAAUCAAGCUAAACCGCCACCCCUAUGUGAAUUAUUAGGGGUGGUAAACGGUAAUCCGGUAAACGGUAAACCGUUUACCGGCGGUAUCGGCAGCCGAGCGGGAAGUUGGGGGAGUCGGUUUACCGGACACGGUAUCGGUAAAUACCGACGGUAAAUUGGUAUUACCGAUACCGAAUCCCCCCUCCCUACUCCCUAGUGCUACGCUGCGUUUUGUUGCUUUACCCCCAAACAUAUAAAAACUUACAUACAUGAAUGUAAGUAUAGGCCUAAAAAAUAUUGUAAAUAAGAGUUAAUAAUAAAUUAUUAAUUACAAAAAUGAUGAAAAAAACUAAAAAAAAUCAAAAUAUUACAACAUCACCCCACUUUUGGAAAUUCGGUUCGGUAAAUAUUCGGUAAACCGCCCGAAAUAGCUUCUCACGGUAUUUCGGUAAUACCGGUUUGUAACCAUUUACCGGUAAUUCGGCAAUCGGUAAACCGGUUACAAACCGGUAUCGGUAAUCGGUAACCAGUUUGGCCAACUUCGUUAUACCGAAACCGGUAAAUUCGGUAAACGGUAAAUUGUUUACCGACCGAAUCCCACCCCUAUAAAUUAUGGUCGUUGAAAACAUGUAACUUGAUAACAAAUUUUGUGAGGUAAACACCGUUAACUUAUUUCUACCAUAUCUAUUUUUAUUUGGAAUGUCAUAUUUUGUUAAUCAGACAUGAAUCGACACAAAUUUGAUGCACUACUGAUCGUACCAUUCCACUUGCUAAACCUGCAGUUCAAAUUAGUUUGGCAACCUUGAGCACAAUUGAUCACUAUGGCACCCAAAUUUCUAGGGUUUAUUUUAUAGAUAAAGGUAAAUGAUGGAUAAAAUCUGUUAAGAGGAAGAGGUAAUUGUUACGAAUGGAGUGAAAAGGAUUGACGGGACGGCGACGGCGACGGCGGCGGCGGCUAUAGAUGUAGAUAUGUGCUGCAUUUUUCAAUCAGGAAGCCCGGAAGGAAGGAAGGAAGGAAGGAAGAUCUCCCACCGAUUUCUUGUCAUCAAUUCUUCCAAAUUCAUACACGUCGUCUUAUCUCCUCACCUCCAUUCCUAGCUGUGUUGAGGUGAUAAAAAGGACAUUUUUAAUACCUAAAUUUUGUGCUAACCCGAUAAGAACUAACAACAUGCUACCUAUCGGUUGUGGUAGUUCACGUAAGAGUUGUAGUUUUAUGAUUGCAAAAACAAUAAUUACAACUACAAAAGUCAUCAUGAUUAUAGCUAUGAUUGUGAAGAAAAUGCAAUCCUACAACUGCAAAAUACAACGAUUCAGCGGCGGACUCAGAAUAUUCGGAGAGGUGCGUCAGUCAGUCAAUAAAAAUAAUAAAAAUAUUAAAUAAUAAUUUAUUUAUUUAUGGAGUACAUAGUAUCAUUGUUUUUCACAGUGAGCAAAAAAAUUGUAUAUUAUGAGAGGCUUGUGAAAUACACUAAUCGUUUAUUUUGCAAAAUAAAUAUUUUUCAAUGCAAACAACCCAAUGGGUGGGUCUGCCAGUUGACCGGCAACCAAGGAGGUCGUGCCAGGGGGUCCAGCACGGGACCCAAGUGGAUGACUCUCAAUUGGUGUGCAUGUGGGACGGGGCAACUAGGAGGGGAUCACAUUCGGCUGGAGGGAUGGUUCUUUGUGGUCAGGGAAGGUCGGUCCUUCGGGCUAAAGGUGUGCAAUUUGCACGAAUUGAUGAACCGAUGGUGGUGGAACUGCUGGUGCUGCGUGAGGCUAUCACUUGGUGUUUAGAGUGGGGUUUGUCCGAGGUUCGGUUCGAGGGUGAUGCGAAGGUCAUUAUUGACAAGAUUAAUCAAGCCGAUUCUCGGGACAAUCACUUGGGGGCUGUCCUGGAAGAGAUUUGUCAACAUUUUGAUGCCCAUCCGGGGUUUAGUGUGCGGUUUGUAGGUCGGGAUAACAAUAGGGUAGCUCAUUCGGUAGCUAGAAAAGCCCUCUCUUUGUACCCAUCUGGGAAUCGUUUGUUUGAUUUCAGGGCCUGGCUGCUCUCCAGGAUGUAAUUAUCUCUUUGAUUGGAUUAAUAUAUAUUACAUUUUGACAAAAAAAAAUGCAUACAACCCAACAAUCAUCGAUAAAUUGGUCAUUAAAAUAUAAAUUUAUGACUUUGUUACGGUGACAUACAAAUCACUGUGACUGGGACAAAACAGUCUACCAGUUCCACCAACUGGUCCGCCUCUUUCAUUAAUCGCACAUGAUGAACCAUUGUUGUUGAUAGAUAUGCUUGCUUGUAAGAGAGUUGAAGUUAGAACAAAAGUUGGAGCAUAGAUGAUAAGUUUCUCUAGUCAUUGUUCUCCCAUGGAUAUAGAAAAUAUUAAGCAUAUUUAUUUUUUAGAUUUGACUUAUUCUACAUAGACUCUCAUAUCUUUCCUUCAAAUUCUCAGUUUGCUUUUUUUUAUUAUCAUAUAGUUGUCUUUGUGAUGGAACAUCUUUGUUGCUAUUGUUGUUAUGAAGAUACUUAAAAAGUAGGUAUACAUGUUAUACAAUUGUGUCAUCUUUAACGUGCAUAAAUCUUCUAUCAUCUUGCUUUUAUGGGUUCUUAUUUCAGAAGUGCUAGAAGAGAGUGUUAUUUAUUUUUGUCUAUGUAUAUAAUCUUUAAAGAGAUUUGGUUGCCCAUGGGUGGUAGGAUAUUGCUUUACUACUGAACAAUUUUGUAUGGUAGUCAUUCUAUUGUCCAUUAUUUUCCUAAUGUAAGUAGAUGAUAACUUAGUCAUUUGGCCUACCGUUCACUGUAAGCGAUUCACCAUUUGCCAGAAGCGGUAGAACGACCCCUUCUAAAAAGCAUGUGUAAGUUAAAGGUAAGUGUGAUGUCCAAUCAACCAUUUUUCGGAAGCGGUCACGAUGACUUGCAAAUCACUAUAGGCAUACCUUCAUUUAUCAACUUCAUAGUAAAAAAAAAUCAUUUCACUACUUGCAAUUGCAACAGAUGUAUCAGUUACAACUUUUGUAGGAGUGUCAAAGAUUAUAAUUUCAAAUUUUUAUAACAAAACAUAAACUUUCACCGAAAUCCCGGGUGCGACACAUCUCCCCUUAAUUAAGUUAAAUCCACACCUACAAUGACUGCAACUGCAAAACAGUGUUUACAACUAUUAUUGUACUGCUACAACUCAUAAUUAGCAUGAUGUUAACCCUUAUAAUUAAUAAGCUAAUCGAUUCAAGUUAAUUUUUAACUGGUAUAGUUUGUUUUUCCUAUAUUCUGAUUUGGCUUUUUUCCUUCUUUCCUUGUCAAUUUGUGUAAAUCUGUUUGUUACAUGUAUGAUGCAUUCAGUCGUACCUUGAGUAAAAUUAAAAGUAUAGUAUGCAUUGAGUAAUAAAAUAAUAUCUAAGCCUAGGGGUGGAAGUUUGGUUCUGGUUUGUGGAUAACCCAUGAACCGCAUCAAACCACACACAUUGUGGUUAACCACGCCCACAAUUUUGUGGGUAGUGGGUUGGGUGUGGUUAGCAAAAUCCUAACUUGUGUGGUUAGUGGUUAACCACUAACCACAAUGGUUGACCCACAAAAUUCACUAUACACACAUUAACAUUAGUAUAACAAACUUUUCUUUACAUUUAAGUCCAUCAUGCUUAUUAUUAAUAGUUAAAGAUAUAAGAAGUAAUAACUAAUUUCGUAAAAUGCUGAAAUAACUCAACGUAAAAAAUGCGAACUAAUAGG